AAAUUGUUAUUUUUUACAAAUAAAGAUAACAAGAUGCCAACAACUUUAUUGACUGGCUUUACAAGGAUGAUGUUUACGAAAUAUGACACCAUCUAACAUGCGACGUUAUCAUCCCUGAUUGCCAGCGAAAUUGGAUCUCGAAAACGUGUGUAUGUGAUUUGAUAAAAAUUAAACAGUUCGGCUAGCAGGACUUAUAACUGAAGAAGAAUUCCCAGCCCAUCAAAAGCUACAGCGUGAUUUUGUAAUUCCACGAGAGUAAAGACAAACAAAAAGUGCCAUGGCAUCAGCCUUUCUUUUUAGCCAUACUCACCUUUUGAAAGGAGUGAAACCAUUCAAGGAAAGAAUAAAAGAUCAAGACCCGCCAAUCAUUCAACAGAGUGAUUAUUUAAAAAAGUUCAUGCUGAAAAUCCAAAAGGAAGAUUUGAACGCGGCCUAUUUGGAGUAUGGCGACAACCCGCCUCGCCCUCCUCAUCCAGUAAAAGUUGCAUCGAGCCCACCUCGGUGUGUUGAAUAUGAUGUGAUUAUUGUUGGAGCUGGUAUGGCUGGUCUUGCCGCAGCGUAUGAGCUGAAAAGGGUAGGUCUAAAGGUGAAAAUUCUGGAGCAGACUGAUCGUUAUGGUGGAAGAGUUUUCACUUAUGGGGAAGAUGCAGGCCUUGCACCUGGUCUAUUUGGCGAAGGCGGAGCGAUGAGAUUGCCUGAUGGUGUUGGCUCAUCCGCCACUAAAACGCAUUUUCUGACCGAUGGGUAUAUAAGGAAAUUUAACUUGAAGACCAAAGCAUUUCCAAAUUACGAUGAAAAUGGCCUUUCCUAUAUUUACGGAGUGAAGGAGAAAUCGAAUCUUUGGGGAGAGAAAAAUUUUGCAAUCGUUUGGCCAGAUUGGAAGAAAGGGAUUAGUGGCAUCGAUGUUAAGGAUAUAGAUGAUUAUUACACAAAAACAACCAAGGUUGUCACGGAUCAAUUGAUUGCUUGGUUGAAAAAUACGACCACCAUUGAAGACGAAAUCAAUGUGUGGGAACGCUGGAUCAAUAUUUGGAGCCAGUUUACAUUGGAAAGCUUUCUGGAGAGCAAUAAAGAUGUUAUUUGUGCAAAAUUAACAAAAGAUGAUCAAGAUUGCUUAGAUGUCACGAUGCUUGGCAAACUUUUGCCCUGGUCCAACGAUGCACUGCGUGGAUACUCUGUAUAUUCUUACACAGAACAGCUGGAUCAGUCAUUGGUCCAGUAUCUUCGCGAUCAGCUGGGAAACUGGUGGUCACGAGAUAUGCAUACCAUAGUGGGUGGCAUGCACAGUUUACCAGAAGCUUUCUUCACGUGUGAAAAAGAUCCCUUGGUUUCUGACGAUAUCGAAAUGAAGAAACAAGUUUACAAGAUUCGUUAUUAUUCCUCACCCUGUCAGCCUAACGACGAUUAUGUCAUUGUUUCCUGUUAUGCAAAUCCAUCAGAAGAAGAAACUGAUUACAUAGCGCGGGCCGUAAUCGUUACCACUCAAGUCAACAUACUGCGGCAAAUUACGUUUGAGCCAAUUGAACCAAACCAGGAAGACAGGGAGGCCCUCAGAAAGAAUCUUCAAGCCAUUGAAGACAUGUUCACAGGACCAGCCACAAAGAUUAUCCUGCAAACCAAGACCAGAUUCUGGGAAGAGGAGAAGUACGGCAUCAAAGGCGGCUUUUCUAAGACCAACCUACCCAUCGGUCAAAUACAUUACGUGAAACCCGAUCCGGACUAUCUCGCGUCCACCAAGCAAGGAAUAAUUCUGAUUUACACCUGGAAAAAUGAAGCAUUGCUUUUUGGUUCCUUGACAAAAGAUCAGGCAAAGAAGGAGGCUAUUGAGCAAGUUGGAGAAAUUCAUCCUGAGAUCAAAGAAGAAGGGGCAGUUGAAAAAUGUAUUGUCCAUGCUUGGUACAACCAACCCUCUUAUCAAGGUGCCUAUGGACUCUUGAAGACCACUCAAUACAGCAAUAUCAGAUAUUUGUGGGAGCCAAUGGGUAAUGUGCAUUUUGCUGGCGAUAACAUAUCAUUUACCGCUGGCUGGAUUCAAGGAGCUUUGGAAAGUGGUUUUAAAUCCGCGUAUCAAGUUUACGCACGUCACAUGAAGAGAGUUAAAUGAGAUGGGAAAGAUUACAUUUAAUCGCAUUUUGCUAAAAAUCCAAGUAGAAAAACUGCAUAGCAUAAUAUCAUGAUAUUUGUUUAUUUUUUGGGCUAAUUAUAUAAAUUUUGAUUGCUUGAUCUUUCUAUGUAUAAAAAGUAGACAGUAAAACUUAAAACAAU